UCUUCAACCAUUUCAGCUCAACUUGAGCUCAAUUGCUUGGUCAUUCAUGGUUGAGGUUGUAAUGAAAACCUCUGUUUCCAUACCUCUGUACAGAAACUACAUCAUUUUCUUGAAUCUCUCUUCUCUCUUAGUGGCUUCUACUCUCUUGGUUAUAUACAAUCCCCACUCUUCACAAAUCAUAGCUCAAACCAUUCACAGCAACAAUGAGCUACAAGGCUGCAAUGGGUUUCAAAGUAUGGGUGAUUAUGAAGCCAAGUGUAUGUACCUCAAAUCCAAAAACCCAUGUGUCUCCAAAGGCUAUAUUGAUUAUCUUUACAUCUUCUAUUGCAGUUUCGGUACUUGCCCUCUUGUUGGUUAUGGCUUGUUGUUGUGUUGGCUCCUGGUUUUGUUCUAUCUAUUGGGUAAUACAGCUUCAGAGUACUUCUGUGCUUCACUUGAGAGUCUAUCAAGUCUCUUAAAACUGUCCCCUACCAUUGCUGGGGUCACUCUUCUCUCCCUUGGUAAUGGAGCCCCUGAUGUCUUCUCCAGCUUUGUUUCGUUUAUGGGUAAAGAUGGGUCGACCAACAUUGAUGUUGGUCUCAACACAAUUCUGGGAGGUGCCUCUUUUGUGUCAUGUGUUGUGGUUGGGAUCAUCAGCGUUUCAAUUCGCAAGAGGCGUGUUCGAGUUGAGAAAUCUGACUUGGUGAGAGACACCUGCUUCUACCUUUUGGUUGUGUUAUGCUUGAUUCUGAUCUUGAUUCAGGAAGAAAUAGAUGUGUGGGCUUCCAUGGCUUUCUCUGCACUUUAUAUUGUUUAUGUGAUUGUGGUUUAUGUAUCACAUAGGAAUUCUAGUAAACCAAGCGAAUCAUACACUACUAGUUUAACCGACCAUAGUCAUGAUUUGAAUGUACCAAUCCUGAUGAGUAGCAUGGAGAGGGGUGAAAGUGAAGAGCUUGGUGCUUUAACUUCUGCAGUAGAAGUAAAGAAAGGGUGCUGUCAACUCCCCAAACCAUCCCAUUCGUGUCGAAUGUUGAUCUUCAUACUUGAGUUGCCUCUGUAUGUUCCCAGGAGAUUGACAAUUCCGGUUGUUUCUGAAGAGAGAUGGUCUAAGCCGUAUGCAGUUGCCUCAGUGACACUAGCACCAGUGCUAUUGUCAUCCCUUUGGAACCAUCAGUAUGCAAACGCUAGCUUCCAGAAGAGCCUCUUGGUCUAUGUGAUUGGAUUGACUAUUGGACUAGUUUUCGGAUUUGUUGCAUGCAUGACAACAGAGAGGUCAAGCCCACCAAAGAAAUGCUUACUUCCUUGGCUUGCUGCUGGCUUUUUGAUGAGUGUUGCUUGGAGUUACAUCACAGCUCAGGAACUGGUGGCCUUGUUAGUCUCAAUAGGGUACAUAUUAGGUAUUAGUCCUUCCAUAUUAGGACUGACGGUCCUUGCUUGGGGUAAUUCACUUGGGGAUUUGAUAACCAAUUUGACCAUGGCUUUGCAAGGAGGACCAGAAGGAGCACAGAUUGCCUUUUCUGCUUGUUAUGCUGGUCCUAUCUUCAACACUCUGUUUGGAUUGGGGAUAUCAUUUGUUGGCGCUUCUUGGUCCAAAUACCCUUCUGCUGUUGUCAUUCAUGGAGAUCCAUACCUCUUGGAGACACUGGCUUUGUUAGCAGGAGGCUUGCUUUGGGCACUUGUGGUGUUGCCAAGGAGAGAUAUGACCCUUGAUGGGGUUUUGGGGGUUGGUCUUUUAGUUAUAUACAUCAUUUCUAUAUCUUUGCGGUUAUUUCAAACAGAGUUAUAACAUAACUGAAUUCUAGUAAGGUGAGUAGUGUAUACCAUUAAGCUUUUGUUGUAAUUUGGUGAUUACAGCUUUAUGUAACAGAAACUGGAGACACUGCGUUUCUGAAUGAUGAUUCUUUAUGGAAUCUUAAGUCAUGAAUGUUUAUGGAU